UCACUUGCGCUUCACUUCACCAAUCGCUAUGGACCCUUUUCCAAUGCCUACACUCCUAUUUCUCAUCGUCAUCGCGACCUUCCUUGCCCUCGUCUCCGGUGGCCGUGACCUCGCCGGAGAUCCUCUCCGAUUGCCCUCACAAGCCUCCAGAUUCUUCCGCGAACCUGAGAACGAUGACAACGUUCAGGGGACUAGGUGGGCCAUUUUACUUGCUGGUUCCAAUGGCUACUGGAAUUACAGGCAUCAGGCUGAUGUUUGUCAUGCAUAUCAAACACUGAGAAAAGGUGGCCUGAAAGAAGAAAAUAUUAUUGUUUUUAUGUACGAUGACAUUGCUUUCAAUGAAGAGAACCCGAGGCCUGGAGUAAUCAUAAACAAACCAGAUGGGGAUGAUGUUUAUGAAGGAGUUCCGAAGGAUUACACUGGCGAAUAUGUUACUGCUGACAACUUUUUUGCUGCUUUACUUGGAAAUAAGUCAGCUCUUACAGGUGGCAGUGGGAAGGUUGUAGAUAGUGGCCCCAAUGAUCAUAUAUUUAUAUACUAUACUGAUCACGGAGGUCCAGGGGUGCUUGGGAUGCCUGUUGGUCCUUACUUGUAUGCAUCUGAUCUGAUUGAAGUCUUGAAGAAGAAGCAUGCUUCAGGAACGUAUAAAAGUCUAGUAUUUUAUCUGGAAGCAUGUGAAUCUGGAAGUAUCUUUGAAGGUCUUCUUCCUGAAGAUAUCAAUAUCUAUGCGACAACAGCUUCAAACGCAGAAGAAAGCAGUUGGGGAACAUAUUGCCCUGGGGAGUAUCCUAGUCCUCCUCCAGAAUAUACAACCUGCUUGGGUGACUUGUACAGUGUUGCUUGGAUGGAAGACAGUGACGUACACAAUUUGAGAACAGAAACUUUGCACCAACAAUAUAAUUUGGUUAAAGAUAGAACUAUCAACGGUCUAUACUAUGGCUCUCACGUGAUGCAGUAUGGUGAUGUAGGGCUUAGCAAGAAUCAUCUCUUCCUAUAUUUGGGUACAAAUCCUGCUAAUGAUAAUUUAACUUUUGUGGAUGAAAACUCCUUGAGGUUACCUUCAAAAGCAGUCAACCAACGGGAUGCGGAUCUCAUCCAUUUCUGGUAUAAGUUUCGCAGAGCUCCUGAGGAUUCUCCUAGGAAAAUUGCAGCUCAGAAAGAAGUUCUGGAAGCAAUGUCUCACAGAAUGCAUAUAGACAACAGCGUGAAACUUAUUGGAAAGCUCUUAUUUGGCAUUGAAAAGGGUCCAGAAGUGCUCAACACUGUUAGACCUGCUGGGUUAGCACUUGUUGAUGACUGGGACUGCUUGAAAACCAUGGUAAGGACUUUUGAGGCACAUUGUGGAUCCCUGUCUCAAUAUGGGAUGAAACAAAUGAGGUCCUUUGCAAACAUCUGCAAUGCAGGAAUACAGAAGGAGCAAAUGGCUGAGGCCUCGGCACAAACUUGUGUCAGUAUUCCUGCCAGUCCCUGGAGUUCUCUGCUGAGGGGUUUCAGUGCAUAACUCAUAAACUGCAAACUAGUAAAGACCAAAGUAUAAUUGUUGUUACAUUAUGUUUUAUGGUUGUAAAUACAUGCUGUAAUCUGGUCAUUUAGCCUCUGUAAAUCCAAUUUGGAACACUACUAGGACGGUGGGGAUCCUCUUUAGUCUUUACAUUUUAGUUUUGUAAAUAGAUGCUGCAAUGACGUUUGUAAUGCACUUAUGGGUUGUAUCAUUCCAAGAGAAGAAAUUACUUGGGGUUGUAAAUAUAUGUUUAUUUUUAUUCAGUAGGCACUGUGGCAGAUCGGGUCUUCUAUUGUAGAAUUAUUUUAGAAGAAUGUAAUAUUUGAUACAAGAUUAUUGUUUAAUAUUAAUGUUGAAAUUGAUUUUCUUUUUGUAGAA